CGAGUGCCGGCUCCGACUCUCUUGUUUGAACAAAGAUGAUUGCCCUUGGUCUAGAGGGCUCGGCCAAUAAGCUGGGAAUCGGAAUCAUAUCCCACCCGUCGCCCCAGAAACCGCCUAUCAUUCUCGCGAAUCUUCGACACACGUACCACGCCCCGCCUGGUGCUGGCUUCCUUCCAAAGGAGACUGCAAAACACCAUCGACAAUGGGUUGUGCGGCUAGUAAAGCAAGCGCUGCGCCAGGCUGGCGUUAGUCCUGCCCAAAUCGAUUGCAUAUGCUAUACAAAAGGCCCGGGCAUGGGUGCCCCGCUGCAAAGUGUGGCGGUCGCGGCGAGAACAAUUGCUUUGCUCUGGGGACUGGAAGACAGGAUGAUUGGCGUCAACCACUGCGUCGGCCACAUCGAGAUGGGCAGAGCGAUCACGCGAAGUGCCAACCCCGUCGUCUUGUACGUGAGUGGUGGUAACACCCAAGUAAUUGCGUAUUCGCACCAUCGAUACAGAAUCUUCGGCGAGGCCCUGGACAUCGCAGUCGGAAAUUGCCUGGAUCGAUUUGCAAGAGCGUUAGCCAUACCCAACGAUCCAGCCCCAGGUUACAAUAUCGAGCAGAUGGCGAAGAAGGGGAAGCUGCUCGUCGAUUUACCGUAUGCUGUUAAGGGAAUGGACUGCAGUUUCAGUGGCAUCCUUGCUACCGUGGAGGGCCUUGCUGACCGGCUAGCCACCGGAGCAGAUGACACAAGAAUAGAUCGCCUCCGCACCGACGAAGGCCACCUUAUUACACCAGAGGACCUAUGCUUCUCGUUACAGGAAACAGUAUUUGCCAUGCUAGUAGAGAUCACCGAACGUGCCAUGGCUCAUGUAGGGGCGACGCAAGUGCUCAUUGUUGGAGGUGUUGGCUGCAAUGAGCGGCUUCAAGAAAUGAUGGGCCUAAUGGCACAAGAAAGAGGCGGCAGCGUUUACGCGACCGACGAGCGUUUCUGUAUCGAUAAUGGCAUUAUGAUAGCUCACGCAGGAUUGCUUGCCUACAGUACCGGUGUCAGAGGUAGAAUUGAAGACAGCGAAACGACGCAACGUUUCCGCACAGACGAAGUAUAUAUUGGAUGGCGCCCGCGGGACGGAUGAUGUCGUCUAGGAAAAGUUCUCGCUUCGCGACAGUCAAGGAAAUGCGGUUCGUGCUUGUGUGAUUUAACGUAUGAACCUGAGCAGAUCGUAUCACAGCUGCCAUGGAUCUUUAUAUUUAGCUCGCACUCAUGGCGCCAGAACCAUAGGCAAACAAAACACGUAGGCAUGAGAGUUGUGACUGAGCAUUUUGUCGCACAUAAGAGAAGCCGUCUAAAGUUGGUGACAAUAAUUUCAACAUCAAUAAAUCAAAAGACACAGAAAAUACUUUGUACAUUGAAGCUGUAUAAACCACAGUUCCCGAAACGUCAGGGGCAAAGCCGGACCAAUGCCUGCGGCUGCCCUACAGCGACACAUUUGGACGAGGACGAGAUCGUUCGUAAGUGGAGGAAAGGAAGCCCGUUGUCUACAGCGAAAUGUGCUGGAGCCAGAGCGGUUUCAAAGGAAGAAUGAGACGGUUUACUCUACAGCUUUUCCGCUGGAGUUGGUGAAGACGGCUACGGCGAAGGAACAAGUUAGUAGAAUGCAAGAUGAGAGAGCGG